GCGUAACGAUUAUUUGACAUCGGGUAUCUCCUAGUCUUUGGAUGUUGUGUAAACACCAGUGGUCUGUAGCGAUCCAUAUCUAAUUUGGGUUCGCACAAAGCCAGACCAAAUCUCCGUUCGCCGUCAAUUCGUCUUAUUUGUCUCGCAUACGAGAUAGUAAGAGCUCAUUGUGUCGUGCGCAGUUUCGUUCUUUGAUGUCUAGAAAUAGCGGAACGUUUCACAAUGAAGACGAAGCGUUGGGAAAAUAUUAAUACACGUUUCUGUGAGAAGUGCUAACAAACCAAGGACCAAAACCACGAAAUACACAACUUCAACGUGAGAAGAAUGAGCGCUAUUGUUAUGAAAGCUACGAAUGCGGUAUCUUGGAAGGAAUAAAUAAAUACAACGAAAGUUAGAGCUUUUAUUCAAGCCAAAGAUUUUCCGGGUUAUGGACAAAAUGUUAGACCGGGAGUUUGCUACACCAUCACCUACAAAGGCGACCUGGGAAUUAGGAUGGCAAGCACCGGACAAUAUUCUCAAGAUUGAAGUGUUUGACAACAACAGGAGAAAUGCUACGACACGAAAAGGGGCGUCCGAGUUUCUACGGCAAAAAGUCAUGAGAAUGGAAGCAUCAAUGGCGUUGAAUGGACGGAGACAAAGCAGAAAAUCAGUAAUUUUUGGAAGCAAGUACCAUCCUCCUGGAAAGUUGCUGGAUUCUUUCCGGCGUAUUGUGCGAAGUGUGAUGCUUCUCCUACGCUGUUUCAGAAUGCGAAAACGAAUUGCGGUCCAGUCUGGCGAGCUGACCUUCACACAUCAAAUUCAAACAGUCGAUAUGUCGGUCGUUGAGAGAAGUAGUAUAAGUUGGGAAAUCCGAAUGAUUCUAUGCACACCUCCAGAUUUCAGAACAGAAAAAGAUGUCAAAAAAGUGACGUCGUUCCUCAGAGCAAAUGGCGCAAUUAGAACGAUGCUUGGGCCAACCUCAUACGAAACUGAGGAUAAAUUUGGUCGGCUGGUGGCGUACGAGAGUUACGAAAACGGGCGAGUACUUGCGCAACAGGGGAGAUCCCCUGAUCGAUUCUACUACGUCACAAGAGGAAAGAUACUGGUAGUAAAGGAGUAUCACGUGGGUAACAGCGUCAUAUCAAAAACAGUGGCUGUGCUGACGAAGGGGAAAACAACGAGUGUUGACGAGAUGGAGAGAAACUGCAGCGAAAGAAAACAGAGUUUGGUUUGCAGGGGAACAGUUGAAUGCUUCGUACUCGAUAGAGAAGACUAUUAUACAUUGCGACAAGACAAAACAGACGGCGCGAAGGAAUUUUUAUCCCAACACCAAAUCCUUAAAUUGUUUCCUUCAGAACUAUUGAACAACCAGCACAAUAUUAUUGACCUGCAGUAUUACCCGAAAGACAGUGUGGUUUAUCCUGGCGGCACGGAUUACGAGUGGCUUUAUGUCAUAAAAACUGGCGAUUGUCGGCUGGUUCGCACGCAGUACGUAGCCGAUGUAUUUUGUCGGAAGGGUUCGCUGUUCAAUAAACAAAACUCUCAAGAAUUGGGUUGCGCUAAAAAUAGAAGAUACAGCAGAGUUCAACCGCCGCUGGCCGCUUUCAAAAUGUACCAACCUGUCGCACGUUUGAACACAGCACCAGCUUAUACGACUCGUAACCAACAAGCGGCAACAACAGAACACAUUCCAAUUCUUAAUAACGAACAGCGACUGAGCAGAUCAACUGAGAGCUUAGCAAAAGAGGGAACGCACAAAGAUAUAGAGAAAUUGCCAAACGGAGACUCGCACUCAAAAACACAAAGCUCUAAAACUGACAAUAAAAAUGAUAUUAUAUCGAGUUCGGUUACUUUUCCCGAUGUGACCACUGGAAGCCAAUUCUUUCACAAUCGAAGAAUGAAACAACCUCCUGGACCUGCGCCACGCACCGCUCUAGCCACUUACCGACGUGCCCAUUUAGAACUGGGAAGGUUAAAAGUCGGCGACGUAUAUGGUCUUGACGAUUUGAUCGGCAACAACGAUGACGUCACUCGAAUAGCGUUGCUAAGCAGAGGUGCCGACGUCAUCAGGAUAAAACGAAGUUUCUUUCUACGUCACGCACCAGCUAGUUUGCUUAUUCAACUUAACGCAAUGAACCACGACUUCCCAACGGUAACAGAAGCAAGAGCGGCCUUGGAAGCCACUGAGACGUGGCAGAUGUAUAAAUCUGCUUUAAUGGAGCUCGUUGCUACAUCAAAUAGAACCCAACGAGAAACAUUUCGAAGUCAAUCUACAAGUUCUAUACUACCGUGCUCGUUUAUAAACGGAGGCCUCCGGAGUAGAUGUGUCACUUCCCAAAGAACGCAGCGAGGGAUUCCCUCCAGAGAUAAUAAGACUAAUCGUAGCAACAACACAGCGCUCAGAGAAAUACCGGCAUUUUCAGGGCGUAAAAAUACUCGUAGCGCAUACAGUGCCCCUAUUACAAGGUCCGACCAAAUAACGUUAACUCGUCGUGGGCGAUUUCCAAAACUUUCAACUUUUCAAACGGAAUUCGUUUCAAAAUAGCUGCGAAAUUGUAGAGUGAUAUCUUUGCCAUUAUUAUUUGUAUUCAUUGGGCGACUCUGUCAUUAAAAUACUGUUUUUAUAUAUUAUUCACUUUUGCGUGCACGUUUUAUUACGAAGUUUGGUUAAGCAGCUACGCUUUUUUACUCCUUCCCACACGUUUUAUCUAUAACGUGUUUUAACAACUGUGGUUUUACUGUUGCUUAAAUACCAUGAUCUUCACUAUCGUUUUCGAAGAGAUAAAUCAAAAUUUAAAAAAGUA